AUGAAUAUGUCUGUCAGCGAUUUAUCAGUAGGAUGUCGAUUUGCAGACUAUUUUGCCAUAUGUGGUUUAGAUUUUGAUUCUGGCUUAGAGACAGACAGACUUUCAGGUGAUAACUUACAUAUAUCUCCAUUAGACCGUUCCUAUAAAGGAAAAGUACUUGCACACUAUCCUGAUAAUCUCCAUAGCAAUGCCUUUGAUGAGCAUGCUGUAUGUAUGCUCUGCUUGCCAACUGGACUCCAAUUCCGCACUCAGAAGCACUCACUAGAACCAAAGUUUCACAGUUUUGUAGUUACUCGAGAAAAUGCAUCAAGAUACUAUGGCUGUAGCCUCAUAUUUUAUGAAGAAGUUAGAAAUCGUAAUAUAUGUAGUGCCAUGCAUACAUUGCAGGCUAUGUACAUUACAGAGUUAUCUAGUGGUCAAACGCCACCAGGGCAUAGAAAGAACUCAGGCAAGGAAAGCUCAAGAUCACUGCCAAGAUCAUUUAAACUAUCACCUCAUACAGGAUCUGCUUUAACAUAUUAUGAUAUAACCAAAGACAAACUUUAUGUAGCCAAAAGUAUAGCUCUCAUAUGCCAAUACCCGUUUAUUCGGGUAGCACAGUUAUUUUUAGAGAAUUUAUUUAGGUCAUUGCCUCGUCAACCAGGGCCAGGUCUAAGCCCUGAAUCAUAUGUAUAUAAUUUAUUAUAUGAAGUGCCAGUACCUUUGCCAGGACAAGCCUUAAGGCUUUAUGUCCCUCCACCAGAGCCACACCUGGAUCCUAUACCAGUUGUGAUAAGAAUGCCAAAUCCACCAGAGGAACUACCCCUUCUUGAUUACCCACUGCGCAUAAUGUUUAACAUUCUGGGUGUUGAAUGUAUUGUCCAAUUGUUUACCUGUGUUUUAUUGGAGCAUCAAGUUUUACUUAGAUCUACUGAUUAUAACAAGCUUAUGCUAGUAGCUGAAUGCAUUGUGUCAUUGUUGUUGCCAUUUACGUGGGCUCACGUAUACGUACCAAUACUGCCCGCGCCACUUUACCAUUUUCUUGAUGCGCCGGUUCCAUUCGUUAUGGGACUACACUCUGAUGGUACAACCAUAGUAGGAUCAAAUGGUCUUAGGAACAUAGCUCUAAGCUCUGAAGCGGCUCUCUGUUUAGUCGAUAUCGAUAAACCAGAUAUUCAGUUACCUGAAGAACUGCCAAUAUUUCCUCAUAGGACGCCUUUUAUUGAAGAACUCAAUCAUGUAUUGGAUAAACACCAGAUACAAAGACCAGAAACAGAGCCAACGAAGCUUGGAGUACCAUUGAAUGGCACAUCGUACAAACAUAUGAAUGACGGGAUGAGUAGCAGCUGUACUUUACCCUCAGGCGGUCUUCGUCGCAAACACUCAUUCCACGAUGUGUUAGAGUGGGAUGAAAGUAGACCGUUAAACGCGUCGCCGCCCGGUUCCCCUACGAGACGACAUCCGAGGAGAUUAGACGCCUUGCAACGGAUCGUUGAUAUUGUUAAGCGUACUGGUGUCAAUAUAGACGAUGUUGAUUCAGAGACAGUGAUGCCAACGACCAAGAAAAUAAUACUCAACGAUGAAGAUCAAUACAAUGAAGACAUUCGUUUUAAUAUAGGGAUACGAGAAACGUUCCUCAAUCGAUUCGUUCAUAUGUUCCUAAUGUAUGAGAACUUCGUUAUUAUGCCUGAUCAGGAUCGGGAUUCAUGGCUGUCUUCCCGCGAGUCUAUGGUGAAUUUUGAUAAAGCAUCAUUUUUGUCCGACCAACCCCAAAGGCAUAGACCAUUCCUUUCACGUUUUUUGGAAACUCAGAUGUUUGCGACCUUAAUCGACAACAAAAUUAUGGCGAAUUGGGGUGAAUUUGAUGCGAAUCUCCAAGUAUUUGAGCACAGGAUUAAAAUUGUUAGACGUCGUCUGGGUGAAGGGGGACUAGCUACACGCGGUUACAGCGUGUGGGCCGGCGCUGCCUCCGCUAAUAGUGUAUGGAGCCCCGCUGAAUUGGAAGUUUUGGCCCCGGGGGAAAGGCUUCCGCAUCGAGCUGCGUACUAUCGAGCGUUUCCUGUCCGUUUAGACGCGAACGCACUCGCACCCCCUCCAACGUCCGAUCGAAGAACAAAUAGUUUGAAGAGAAUCAAAAAUGCCAAAUGGCAGGUUAAAGAUUGCCCCCCAGAGUUGCUACUCGGUGAUAUUGGAAGGCGUCUGUCGACUGAUGUUACACCAGCGGCAAUUGCACAAAAUAAUAGGACCUUUGUUGAGAAACUUCUUAAGGAGUGCAAGAGUAAAACAAAACGAAUGCUCCUAGAGAAGAUGGGUACAGAAGAGAGUGACUUAGGCUUAGGUUCGGAAGUAUCAAUUACAGGAAUAGAAGAAAGCACAAUGAUAGCGUCAUUGUGUGAUUUAUUGGAACGACUCUGGUCUCAUGGACUCCAGCAUAAGAUGGGGAAGUCAGCUCUGUGGAUGCAUUUAAUGAAUUACCAAGAGUUGGAACAGUGUAGUAAUAAUUCAAAGGCAAUUGAUCCUAAUUAUUUGACUCCAGCUUUAGCUUGGUGUGUUUUACGAAAACGAUUGGAUUACCUAUCAUCAGUGGGUGCUGAAGUAGAGGCCCAGCAGUGCACAAGCACAAAUCGAUCCAGGGACAGCUCUCGAGGUGGAUCCCGAGAUAGCUCUCGAGACAGAUUGAGUAACUCCAGCACAUUGGAACGGAGGUCGUCCCAGCCUCAUAAUCCUUUACGAGCGUUGCCUGAAAAUCUCACGUUUGACAUGAGAAAUGUACAAGCCAUGACAGAUAUAAAAACCGAAAUAGGUUACGCCCGUGCGUGGGUGCGACUGUCGCUAGAAAAGAAGCUGUUAUCAAAACAUCUAAGAGAACUUCUCUCUGACACAACAUUACUAAGGUCCCAGUACAAAAGGACUGCGUUCUUGCGAUGCGAAGAGGAGAGAGAACAAUUUCUAUACCACUUGUUAACGUUGAAUGCUGUUGACUAUCACUGUUUUACGAAUACGUAUCCAACUACAAAGUUACCAUAUAGGGUACUCAUAGUGCCGUCGCGUAAGGCAAGUCAAACGACUGCCAACUGCUGGCUGUCCAUAUCUGGCGCUAAUGGAGAAUCGACACCAAAGAUACCUAUUCCACGAAACACUAACGAAUUUGUUUUUCAUCAUAAGAAUCUCGGAAUCCUUUCCACGUUACGAAUUGGUCACGACAACUCGGGCUUGUCGCCACGGUGGUUACUGGAUCAUAUAUAUGGGAGAAACGAAGUCACUGGUCAUACAUAUUUAUUCCCAUGCAACAGAUGGCUAGGGACAGGCGUAGAUGACGGGUCUACUGAAAGGGUGCUUGUAGCAGCCAGAUCUCGGCAACGUCAGUCCAGGCAAAGUGAACAGGCGCAAGCGGCUCUUUCCCCUACUACAACGCAUUUAUCAACCUCUACUAUACAGCAUAUGAUUGGUGAUUGCGUUAAUGCAAUAGUUAAAUGGCAUUAUCAAACAAAGCGGGAGAAAGACGCCAACUCACUCAGCGUGUUAUUGUGUGGCGAGAAUGGUUUGGUUAAAUGUUUGGAGCAAGCGUUUCUGUGUGGUUUCAAAUCUGCAAGACUGUUUGGGAAGAAUCUCUUUAUUUGGGACUAUUUUAUGAGAGUGAAAGACGAAUUCAAGAUGAGCUUGUGUGAUGAGGGGAAUUUACAAGGGAACAAGAGUUGUGGCGUUGCGUACAAUUGCCGGCAGGACCAGGAGCACAGAGCUAUAUGGAGGUGUUAUUGCCACUUAAUGGACGAGAUCAAUUCGGUUGGAAGGACUCUGGGAAAGGAUGGGAAGUUCCAGUUAUUUGUUUGUCUCAGCUUGCGUGAACAUUGGCUUCAUAGAAUGCUUGUACCGAUGUCAAUGACCCGCGUGACCACAGAAAUGUAUGAAGAACAAAGCUUCCUUCGUAAGCGUGGUUUACUUACGUUUUUGAGGCAAAUAUUGGAACCGCUAGAUGAAUUUGAUAUUGUUCUAGAAAACUCGUUAACUCAAGGUAUUUAA